AGAUUUUUCAUUUCGUGUAUUGUUAACAACUGCUUAUAACCUGCGACUGUCGCGUUAUUUCGUUGUUAUAAAAGUAAAAAAAUAGCUGGUCGGAAAAACUUUAAGGCACCAUCGCAUGAAAAGUACCAACUUCUGAUUGGUGGAAAUGAAUGGGACAACCGGAAACUAAAAAAGUCCAGCGUCAGGAAUUGAGUUUUCAUGGAAAAACGAGGCAAGUUGUUGGUGAGCGGAAAAGUCGAGGAAAUUUGCUGAGUUUAGGAACACGCAUAGUCAAUUUUCCUUAGCAUCGGUUGCUUCGCUUGUGCCGCUAAAAGUGUUUGAUGAAAUUUAGGCGCAGAAAGUGCUUUGUGUUUGAAUAUAGCGGCAUCCACAUAAAACUGACUAAUGUCAGGCAUUGCAAUAGCUAGGCUUGCGGAAGAAAGGAAAGCAUGGAGGAAAGAUCAUCCUUUCGGAUUUGUAGCACGCCCAACAAAAAAUCCAGAUGGUACGCUUAACCUGAUGAGCUGGGAGUGUGCGAUACCCGGAAAGAAAUCCACACCAUGGGAGGGAGGACUUUACAAAUUGCGCAUGAUCUUCAAGGACGAUUAUCCUUCGAGUCCUCCAAAAUGCAAAUUCGAACCUCCUCUCUUCCAUCCAAAUGUUUAUCCAUCGGGAACUGUUUGCUUGUCGCUCCUCGAUGAAGAGAAAGACUGGAGGCCUGCGAUUACAAUCAAACAGAUUCUUUUGGGAAUCCAAGAUCUACUGAACGAACCUAAUGUGAAAGAUCCGGCUCAAGCAGAGGCGUACACAAUUUACUGUCAAAAUCGCCUCGAGUACGAAAAGAGAGUAAGAGCCCAAGCUCGAGCAAUGGCACCACAGGAGUAGCUCACUCACUAAACGUCAGUACAUUUCCGUUUUUUAUAAAUUCGAUUCGGCAGGUCUCAUUUCUCCACGUACCUUCUUUCUGAAGCAAUUUGAAUUUCCAUAUUUUGUGAUGUUUCCAGUGGAUACAACCAUUUUUUUCAUCAAAUACACGAGGGAACCCAAUUUAUUUUUAAGUAGUUAAGGAACUGAAACUGUGUAAAGUUUCCAAGAUUUGUAAAACUUAAGUUUUUAAGACAGAUCGCGAAGUUGUUGAAAAUGAAAAUUCUUCCUAAGAUUAGUUUUUGUAUUCAUUCCCAUUUUACAAGCGCAAGUCGAAGUAUCGAAUAUACGAACGAUACGAACUCAGAUUCGAUGAAUGACUGUAUUUUUAAGAAAUUUGAUUUUCAAGAACUUUUCUUCUAGGAUACAACAAUAUGACUACAAUUUUUCAUCGAGAGAAUGAUAGGUGGACCUGGUCUCGGGUAUACGUUUGUAAGCACACAGUAUUUUAUAUUUUAUGAUUUUUCAAUUUGUAAUAUUGCUGAAAGUCCUCUGGAUUAGGAAAGAGCAAUCUUCACUCGCCUCUUUUUUUUCAAGUCGAAAUAAAUAACUUAAAUUAAUGAAUACUGAUGUUUACUCUGAUGUAUAGCUGUAGAGCUGAAAAGGCUUAGAUUCUAGAUUACUCUAGUAUAAGCGAUUCCAAAUUCUCUAUAGUCGGUUAAGAAUAUAAUCUUUUGAAAGUCACUGAUAUACAUUGUGCGAAUAUUUUUCCUACGUUUAUACGACAUAAGUUAGAAGCAUUUCUUUUAAAUGAUGAGAAGGAUUGAAGAAGAAAAAAAGUGUCAGUCGAAAUAAAUGGAAAGGUUGAAACCUGACAACUUUAAACGAAUAUUAGUAUUUCUUAUUCAGGAAAGACAGACAGGAUUCGAGUGUUUUUUUGUGUUAGGCCAAUUUAUUUUAAGUAACUUACAAAUCCUGAACGAUUCAAUAAACACCACUGUGAAGUAAUAA